CGUAAGCAAGGCACGGCUUUUCGUCGCCCAUUCGGCUUCCAGUGCCAUUCCGUCAACUGCCGCUACGUCGUUUGAGCCCGUUGCCAAGCCUGCAGUAACAUAGCGCUCUCGUGAUACCUACGAGUUUAUCCGGCGAGUAUUCAAGUAUCUGUCACGCCUUCUGCCUAAAAGCCGUGCUGCAGAACGCGACCGUGUCAUUUCCUCUUGUCGAAAGUCGGUAAAAGGCAAAUAAUGGCCUCUAUGUCCACCAAGACUGUUGAGGAGGUUGUAAAAGACCUUACAAAGUUGUUGGAGAAGUGCGAGGGCGACGGCUUUGAACCAGGCUGGUGGCAUGCAUGGAAUUACCUGGGCGACGACUGCCGCUGCGCUGGCGAGGGGUUCGAAGAAGUCAAGAAGCUCCUGGGUACGGAGCAACAAGCCCUGCUAGAAAGGAUCCGUGAGGCCCACCGUGAAUCAGCGCGCCAAAUCAAUGAGAAGAUUGACCAGACGCGGCGUGACGAGAUCCGGAAGGAGGGCAAGCCUUGCAGCGAGUGCUGCCAGUGCGGCGCUGGGGAGGUGUACUGCAUGGGCACCUUCUGCUGGGGCCCCCCAACCGGCAAUGGCUACAGCGAGGCUGAUGAGUACAAGUGCGCCGCCUGCUUCCGGCAGUGGAAUGGCCCGGUCACAACCUACCACGACUGAGCGACGGACAUGUGGGAUGGAUGCAUCAUGCAUGGUGUGGCAGGGGAAGGCGAACGGCCAUGUGAUGACAUCAUAUGUGUGCACUGUGUGUGAAUGCAUGGAUGUGAUGUAAUGUGGGCUCUUGCCUGCUCUGCUAGCGUGCCGGGUAAUCCUGUACCGUACGGCAUCCUGUUACAUGCAAGGCCCUUAAAUCCGGUAUCCGUGUCCUGUAUCCAGGUUGUAACCGACUGCGUGCUACCUGUUGACAGUUAUUAGUAUCUGAGAAGUGAAAGCUAGUGUGAAUGCUAGUAUCUGUCUGGCUAGUAUCUGUCUGGCUGCAACCUUAAGACUAAGGAGGACUGCCGGUCCUGCAUGGGGUACAGCACACGCUUUCCCCUCUCACUACGCUACGCGCUUCCCCGAGUGUUUGCCUAGUUGGCUGACCGGACAGCCGUUUCACAACAGAUGGCGUCCUUUACCCUGCCCCAUUGCUCCCAUAUGUCGGUGAGGGGCAUAUCCAGGGCGUACAGCUUUCAUGACUGGGCGUAUUGACUGGCAAUUUCGCCCACUCUCGCUCCUGAUGCAACCUGUGACGACCGUCAGUUUGCGGGCUGGCGGUAUCGCUUGAGGGCUAGCCCCAUAAGGACAAGGGGUGUCAGCUUUGUACAGCUGGAAAAUGGGCUGAGCCCCCGUACGCUUGGGAGCUAAUAAGCAUGUAACGCCCCGUCAGA